AUGAAUUUUGUAAUGAAAGCAGCUUUGGGAGGUGGGCCUCCUGAUGUGGGGAAGAUGCUGGGAAAAGAGGAGGACAAAGACCCCGAGGCCGAGAAAGAGAAAGAGGAGGAAAGACAAGAAGCUCUGAGGCAGCAGGAGGAGGAGAGGAAGGCCAAAUACGCCAAGAUGGAGGCCGAGCGGGAGAAGAUCAGACAGGGCAUCAGAGACAAGUACGGGUUGAAGAAAAAAGAAGAGGCAGAGGCGGAGGCCCAGGCCGCCAUGGAGCAGGCGUCAGAGGGGAGCCUGACCCGUCCAAAGAAGGCCGUCCCGUCCGGCUGCGGGGACGAGGAGGAAGAGGAGAGCAUCAUGGACACGGUGAUGAAAUAUCUGCCCGGCCCGCUCCAAGACAUGCUCAAGAAGUAA